UAGCUAACUCAUUGGGAUUGUGACAAGACAGCCCCACAAUAACUCCAGAGACCACCCAUUUCACAACAGAAGGUCCACUGAGCAUCAGAAGAUGAACGCCACACUGCUGAACACCUCCAUUAAGUGUAUUAGAGACACAAGUGUGACAUCGGUGCUUUUCCCAAGCCUAUAUAGUGUUCUUUGUAUAGUCGCCCUCGUUCUGAACUUCCUGGCGGCAUUUACCUUCUUCAAUAUUCCCAGCACCACAACUUUUGUGGUCUUUUUAAAAAAUGUGGUGGUGGCUGAUUUGCUGAUGACUCUCACCCUCCCCAUAAAGAUCUUGAGUGAUGCAGGGGUGGGCUUCUGGCAGCUGCGUGCCUUCCAUUGCAGAUACGCUGCUGUUCUCUUCUACAUCACAAUGUACAUCAGCAUUUUGUUGAUGGGCCUCAUCAGCUUGGACCGCUACCUUAAGAUCGUAAAACCCUUCGGAAGGUGUGCCUUGCAGAAGGUUCGGGUCGGCCAGUUGCUGUGUGCCGCCAUUUGGGUCAUAAUGCUAGCUCUGGCACUGCCCAACGUCAUUCUCAGCAACAAGACCCCUGUGCCCUCGGGAGGCAAACUGAAGUGCACCUCCAUGAAGAGCAAAGCUGGCAUAUCGUGGCAUGAAGGAUUCAACUAUUUCUGUCAGGUCAUAUUUUGGGGCACACUUGCCUUGAUGGUGUUUUGCUACACGUUCAUCAGCAAGAAGGUCUAUGAGUCAUACAAAGCCUCGAAGAGCAGAUCUCAUGCUGCAAAUCGAAGAACCAAAGCAAAGGUUUUUGUGGUGGUGGGGGUGUUUUUUAUCUGCUUUGCCCCUUUCCAUUUUGUACGCGUCCCCUACACUCUGACUCAAACCCGAAGUACGCUUCCCUGCCGGGCACAGAACGCAUUCUACUUUGCCAAGGAAACCACACUGUGGCUGUCUGCAAGUAAUGUUUGUCUUGACCCACUUAUUUACAUCUUCUUGUGCAGGGUAUUUAGGAAAAAACUUAUGACCACGUUUUGCAAAGCUAGCAAAGAAUCUUCAAAAGCGACUUUAACACAACUGGAGAUGUCACAAAUGGCCCAAACUACCAGACUGUCACACAAUGAAACAUCCCUUAUCAAACAAAGCACAUUGGACUCAAGCGUUGACUGAGUGUGGUGCAAACCUAAAAGUAUUUUUCUUGUCUGUGUAUGGUGCAGUUUAUUUUUAGCAAAAAUUUUGCACAAUCUCUUAAAAUUAGCAGACUCAAACAAGAUGUGUCAUUAACUUUGGUGCACAUCACACUGCUUUUGUUAUUUCUGUGAACCAAGCACUUGUGCAAAAUGUUUGCUUACUCAUUGAAGACAUUUCCUGAAUUUUCUGUCCAUUCCUGCAUCCUGUGGUUUAAUCUCCCUCAAACUGCACUUUCCUUUGUUCAACACUGACUGUUGUGACACAUGUACAUGUCAACAGAACAAAAUUUGAAAACUGUAUAUCAAGUAGGAGCUAAAAAUUAAGAUCUGUAGGAGACCAGAAGCUUUCCAGAAUCAAUCUGAUCACAAGCAGUAUUUAUACUAUGAGCUGAAUUACAACCAUGCUACAUAUUUGUGCCUUUCUUGUAUAGUAUUAAUCUUAAUGCUGGAAGACUAAUAAUCUCUUAUUAACGGGUGGACUUAAAACUACAUGUGUGUGGUUGCAGAGCUAGCUUUCUGUUUCUGGAUGUGAGGUUUUGGAAAUUAAUUUAGUAUUUACUGCUAUUGAGCAAUAGAUUUAAAAAGACAAAUAAGAAGGGUUAUUAGAUAAUCAAAGAUCAUCAGAUGUAAGGUGACUGCUGGCUAUAUAUCAGAAAAGAAUGCACCUACAGGACUGCUGUAGUAAUGCUGACAAAGAUAUUGGUGUUCCAGCUGGUUCCUGCAAAAAGCCUCGAUGAUCUAGGGUAUAUUUUGUGAUGAUCAGGCACCAAGUUCUGAUCAUCACAUUGACAUGCUAGUGUGCAGUGCUAUUUUCAGUGCAGUGAUUAAAGUAUGGUGUUAUUAUAAUCUGCAAAGAUGGUGGAACACAACAGCAGUACUAUUUGUGGACUGAUGGUAACAUUUUUCUUUGGGUUGUUGUUUCAUUCUACAACAGAAAUGCCUUAAUUGCAGAAAAAGGCACAUUCCGAGUGGUACUAUAGUACCUAAUAAGCACCAUACAUUUUUACUUAUAAAAACAGAUUUUAUUUUACUUUUAUAUUUUACAGUAAAAGACUUAGGUAAGACUCAGAAUAUUUUGUAUAAAAUAAAAAAAAUAAAGUGGUUACCUGACAAAUAGCUCUAGUGAGCCCAAAUGUAAAUGCAAUUACACAUAAAGCAAGCAGGCAAAUGUACCUAAAACUUUUUUUUAAGAAAGCCUCAUUUUGAUUUUCCUUAUCAUAAAAACAAAUUGAAAUGAUUUGUAAAAUCUAUACCAAAAUUGUUUGUGCAUUAGUUCUGUGAUUGUGGCAAAUAAUUUCUUCAAAACUAAAUUUUAACUAGUAGUUUUUGCAAAAUUCUGGAAAGCUGGUAAAUGCAUUGAGUUGCAUUAAUGUUGACAUGAUACUGGAACUUCUACUUUUACUGGUUCGCUCUACCCUAAAACAUUUUGUAUAAGCUUGUUUUCUGACUGUCCUGCACAUAAGUAUUUUAUGUUUGUAAAUUUUUUAUCGUUAUACCUAUGAAUUAAUAAUUUUUCAUUACAUUUUAAUUAAUGUUGUGUUGUAGCAAAAAAAAGUGAGAAUGGAAAACUGAACU